AUGUUCAAGUCCAUUUCUCUCGAGGACCUUCCGAGGCUUAACAGCCACCUUGAGACCCGUGCCUACAUGGCGGGCUUUGUACCGUCUCUCAACGAUCACAUCAUGUACACCCACGUGUGCAGCAUGGAUGUGGCGCCUGAGAUGCACCACGUUCUUCGCUGGCUGUCCCACAUGAAGUCUUUCAGCCAAGCUGAACGUGCUGCUCUCCCUGCCAAGGGGAAGAUAUGCGAUUUCGCCCCGGCAGAGGAGAAGCCGGAGGCUAAGAAAUCUUCCAACGCAGAUCUCUUCGGAAGCGACAGCGAGUCAGACGACGAGGAGCUGAAGGCAGAGAAGGAGAAGCUGCAGGCCAGUCUUGAGAACAAGAAGAAGCCGAAGAACGCCAAGGCAGAGAUGUCCAUGGUUGUCCUCGAGAUCAAGCCCAACGAUGACGAGUCUGACAUGGAGUACGUUCAGAAGAAUCUGACUAAGAUGGUGACCAUGGACGGCCUCAACUGGGGGGAGUCUGAGUUUCAGCCUCUUUGCUACGGCCUCAAGGCCCUUGUCAUCGCCUGCACGGUAGUCGAUGACAUCUGUUCUGUCGAUGAUCUCUGUGAGAAAGUGGUCGAAGUCUUUGAGGAGCAGGUGCAGAGCUGUGAUGUCCGAUCAUUUAACAAGCUCGGGUAG